AUGCCUGAACCCACAGGGGCGGAACUAGAUGCAGCAACGGACGGAGACAUGGCUACAGGGUCGGGCACACCGAUGGCUUUCGGUGUAGAAGAGCUAGGUCAAGUCCUCUACCGACGAAUCAUGUUACCGAAUAACACCCUGAGGUGCUCAUCUUCAUCGAUCAGGUUUCUGAGCAGACGUCGGCCGACUCCGAUCCCUCUUAGGCUCUGUUGGGCCCUCGUCGUUCUGCUUGUCCUUCCUCUCGCCCAAACGACUUUUCUAUCUCGUCUUGUUCUUGUGCUUGAUACCGAAAUCGCGCCGUCGGGAAGCCUUUUGAAGGUGGCUUUGAAGGCUUCCAUUCCCAAUAUGAAUCCAGUCAACUUUGCCAACCAUGGAGGCCCGAUGCCGAUGGGAGAUAAACCGCCAUUUCCUCACAUCCAGAACCAACCGAAAAAUGAACCUACACAUCAGAUGCUACUGAAACAUAUAUUUGCGGCCCUUCAGUCACAGGGCCCAUUUCAAGGCUGGCAACGAGAUGUGCCGAUUCGAGACCGAGGCUCCAAGAUCUUUCAAAUCAUAUCCUCACUGCGCCUGGUUGAAAAUAACCUUCAAAAGAUAUUAGCUGCCGCCGUGAACUACGAAGAAAAGGCUUUCAAACAAUCAAGUGACAGGGCUGAGUAUGAAAGAGAGUGCACCAACAAGUUAGGGCAGAUAAGAGAUAGUAGACAGCAACGAGCGGCGAACAUGAUGCAAAGUGGCAUGACGAUGUCACACGGUGGUCCUCAUCCCGGCAUAGCUACUCCUGCACAAAAUAAUGCCCAGCCAAAUGUGUUUCCUGGUCAAAUUCAACAACAGAUGCAAGGUUCUCCGAUGCAGAUUCAACCACAACCCCAACAGCCAGGAAUGAGAAUGGGCCUACCGAAUCAACAAGCGCAGAUGCAUCACCCUGGCUUCCCCCAAAACGGACAACGAGUGAAUCCUGGCGCUUCUCGCGACGAAAUGGGCGGGCUCCAACCUCACGAAUUAGAACACGUCCGCCAGAGAGCAGAUCAGAUGAUGCAACAAGCUCCACCAGCUGUGAUACAGAAGCUUAGAUCAGGCUUUCAAAGUAUGAACCCCGAGCAACAACAGCGGGUGGCUCGGACAGGCGUAGAUCCGGUUCUAUACUUUUUCCGUCUACAAGCCGCAAAGGAACUCAAAAAGAAGACAAAUUCUCGAGAAAUGAUACUGCCUCAGAACCAGGUUCCCGACACUGGCAAUAAUACGAUCUCCAAUCAGUCGAUGAGCCCGCACCAGAGACAAAUACCUCAGUCACUUAUGGGCCUCCAAGGCAAUUCUACGAUUCCUGUGAGCGGACAUCAAAACCUUGACAAUGCAUAUGUAGGAAGUAUUGAUCAUAUACAAGGACAGCAGGCAGAUGGGGUCCGCUCACAAGAUGCAGGUCAACUUGUUGUUCCAGCCAGCGUUCCCCAGAUGGGGGUCCAACCACAUUUUAAUAAUUCGCAGCUUGGUAUGUUUCCAGACGGGCAGCAAAAUACUAAUAGAGGAAAUAUCACACCUAUGAUUCUCGCGCAGCAACAUCAACAACGGCAGAACAUGCAUAAUUCCCAACAAGAUACCGGGCCACAUGCUGCACAUUUCCAGGCUCAGGUGCAGGCUCAAGCUCAAGCACAGGCGCAGGUUCAGGCACAUGCCCAGAUUCAGGCCCAGGCGCAAGCUCAGGCGCAAGCUCAGGCACAAGCUCAGGCUCAAGCUCAGGCACAAGCUCAGGCUCAAGCUCAGGCUCAAGCUCAGGCUCAAGCUCAGGCUCAAGCUCAGGCGCAGUCGCAGGCUCAAGCAGUACAGGCACAGGCGCAAGCUCAAGCCCAGGCUCGUAUACAAGCUGCGGCUAAGGCACAAAUGGCAAUGUCAUCGCAAGUGAAUCCUCAAAUUCCACAAUCUUUACCACAACAGAGCCCUGCAAUGUCAGCAAUCAAUCGACCUGGAAGCAUCGGCCAGAUACCCCAGCCUCAAGGCGGUUCCCAGGGCCGACCUCCACCAAGGCCUCCUGGUAUGGGUCAAGACCACCCGGUGGUUCCAAACCCUCAACAUGCUAUUCCACCAGGGCUGCCUCCCAGCCUUCGAAAUCAACUAGCACAAAUGUCGCCAGAACAAGCAGCUCACUUUAUGCAAAGCUAUCAGCGUCGCAUGUUUGCCAGUAACCAAGCAAUGGCUCGCUCAGGACAACAACCUAGCGUUCCUGUUCCACAGACCUCACAAGAAGUUAAUCAGCAACCCACUCGCAAUGGACAACUAGCCAACGAGGCAGCAAUGCGAAAUGCAAUGACAAUGUCACCUCAAACAUACGGGCUGGGUGUGCCACUGCCCCAGAAUCAAAAUAUUUCUCGCCAAGCAUUGCAGCAACAGCAGCUGCAAUUGCAACAGCGACAACAGGAAAUCAAAAUGCAGUUCGCUCGACAACAACAAGCGAAUGUAGAACUGACAGAAGAUCAAAUCAAAGAGAUGGAUCGUGUUCCAUUUCACCCACUCCUUAUCAGUACGAAUAUCAAUAUCACCCAACCCCUGCCAAAAGGUGUUACGACUUGGGGACAACUCAAACUGUGGGUAGCGCAAAACCCUCAUGCCCUUGGCGAUGCCUCUCUGCCCAAACUCCAAGCGCUACAAAGAUACCACUUUGUGCAGCUGAAUUUGCAUAGAGAGGGAACUCGAAAAACAGAUCAAGAGUUCCAGUCGUCUGGUGGUGUCCUUCCACAGUCCCAACCCUUCAACAUUCAGCAAGGGUUCCAACCUGGACAGCAACAACUUCAGCGUCCUCCAAACCUGCCUAUGCUGCGCCCCAUUACUGCGAACGAAGUUCAGGUUGCUCGACAAAGGCUAGGUCCUCAAGCUCAAAAUUACACCGACGAACAAAUUAAAGCAUUUUUGGAAAAAAACAGGCAGAGGCAUCAUAUGGGACCCCGUAGUGCAGUAGUGCCACCCAGCACAUACGCUGCUCAGGCCAUGAAUCAAAACCAGGCGCUUCAGCCGCCCGUUCAACCCCAAUCCCAGCCUCAACCUCAACAAAUUCCCGUUCCUGUGGCACAACCUCCCACAAGCCAACCAGCCAAAACGCAAAUCUCGCCUCCCAUCGGCAAGCCUACGGCUUCCACUAGCACAAGGACUCCACGUGUUCAGCCUUCUAAACAAUCGUUGAAAUCACUUAAACGGCCCAGUGCUGAUGAUGUGGCUGAGGUUCAAAACCCAAUCGUGCAACAGCAACAAAAGCCUAAUAUUCCCAUGGCCCAAGCUCCUAUGGCUCAGCCUACCAGCGUUGGUCAACUGGGUCUCCAAAUUACCAAAUCAAGAGAAAACGCUUCAAGUGCUAUUGCAAAUGGCCCGGAUUGGCAACUAGUUGACCAGUUUACAAUUUCGCAGCAGCAACUUGUGUCCGCCAUCGCAUAUAUAAAAAAGUGGUUCGCAGCGAUGAUCAGUCACCUCCCGAAGCCGAAUCAAGCGUCAGCAGCUGCAAGAAAUGCCGCGCAGCCUCACGCUUCCCAGCCUCCACCAAAUGCUCAACCACAGCCUGCCAUUCCCCCUCUGAAUGCGAGUAAUCUCCAACAACUUGAACGUCAGCAAGAGGAAGCCCUCCAACGUGCAAGGCGAGUCCAGAAUCAUGCAGCCCCUCCUGCUCCGACGACUUUACAGCCACCUUUCCCACUAGGAGCCCCAUCUCCACAAGGUGUUCCACAUGCCUACGGACCACCCGGCUUGACGAAGGAUAAAUUGGUGAUUCCACCCGCAAAAAGGCGGAAACAAAAUCCAGCGGCUAAAACGUCUGCUACUUCGACUCCUGCAGCACCCGCAUCCACACCGCAGGGUCAAAAGCAGACUCCUGCAGCAGAGACAAAUAAACCAACACCACCCGUUUCGAACUCCUUCCGAUGUCCUGUAUCUGAAUGCGAACAUCAUAUUAGAGGCUUUGCCACUCAAGUCGCCCUUGAUACCCAUAUUAAUGAGCUCCACAAAGUUGAGGAACCCGUUGAAAAUGCACUUGAAUUUGUUCUUGAGAGUUAUCGUACGGCCUUAGCUAUCGAUAAACAAGAAAAGAAAACGCAAGAGGCAGCAGAAGAUGAACCCAAGCGUAAAAACGCGCCUGAGCCUGAAUUGCAGCGCCCGCCACAACCAAGCAAGCCAAGCUCAACCCCCAAGCUUAACAGUGAACAUAUGACACCUGGAACAACCCCCGCUGGUCGCUCAGUAAGCCAGGCUGGGAUGAAGCCUUCUCCAAGUUCGAACAAUGCAAAACUAUCCCAAGGACCCGCUGCUACCGGCAAUGGAACAGCUGGGUCGAAUGCUAAAGAGCAGCAGAGCAAAGAAAGCAAGAAGGACAAUGGUAAAAACGGCGAGCAAGAAUCGUCGCCUGAGGAUAUGGUAUUCGUCAAGGACCCGUGGGCUGAGAGUGCAAUCUCGAUAGAGACAAUCCGCUCUGGUUUUAGUGAUUGGGGAUCAUUCCCUGGGCUUGAGUCUGAUCCUCUUGAAGAAGUAUUGAUCUCAGAUGUCUUUACGAAUAUUCGAGAGAAAGAUACACCACAGUCUACAGAUACCAGCGCGAAUACGCACACGCCCAAGGAUACUGAUAGCUCCAGGGACGAUGAGGUUGAUGUGAACAUGAGCGGAUCGAACGAUGAUAGCUGGAUCCCGCCGGACUGGGUCAAUCUCCCCGGCCAGCUUGAAGGGGGUUUGCUAAUGAAUGAGCCCUGGGAGGAGGUCAACUGGGAUGCCCAUGAAGAGAAUGAAUAUGAUCUGAACGGGAACAAUCUUGAACAGGUUGUAUAUUCGAUCUAG